CAAGCGGACCAUUCAAAGAAUCAAAAAUUUUGGUCAAAUUUGACGGCAAUUUUUGUUAGCGCGUGACAAGUAAUACCAUCGAGAUCCCUUUUUUUUUAAUGCCAAUCAUAUCUUCGUAGCUCUCAGAUCGAAGUCUCUGAACCCCGUUUCGCAAAUUCACAAGCAUCAGAAGAAUCAAUCUUCAAACUCCAAGGGUUGGAUUGGUUUGGUUCGUACAAAACAAGAUGGGAGGUGGGUUUAGGGUGCUUCAUCUUGUCCGACCAUUCCUUUCAUUUCUACCUGAAGUACAGAGUGCCGACAGGAAGAUUCCAUUUAGAGAGAAGGUUAUAUACACUGUGAUCUCUCUUUUCAUUUUCCUGGUGUGCAGUCAACUCCCUUUGUAUGGCAUACACUCUACAACUGGUGCAGAUCCAUUCUAUUGGAUGCGUGUUAUUCUUGCCUCAAGCCGUGGGACUGUCAUGGAGCUUGGGAUCACUCCCAUUGUGACAUCUGGACUAGUGAUGCAACUGUUGGCUGGAUCCAAGAUCAUUGAGGUGGACAACAAUGUACGCGAGGAUCGUGCCCUCUUAAAUGGUGCACAGAAGUUGUUGGGCAUUCUGAUAGCUGUUGGUGAGGCAGUUGCAUAUGUUCUCUCAGGGAUGUAUGGAAGUGUUGGCCAACUUGGAGUUGGAAAUGCCAUUCUUAUUAUCGUUCAGCUAUGCUUUGCUGGUAUCAUUGUGAUAUGUUUGGAUGAACUUCUCCAGAAAGGAUAUGGUCUGGGCUCGGGAAUAUCCCUUUUCAUAGCAACCAACAUCUGUGAGAACAUUAUUUGGAAAGCAUUUAGUCCCACCACAAUAAAUAGUGGGCGUGGAGCUGAAUUUGAAGGUGCCGUUAUUGCUUUGUUCCAUUUGCUGAUAACUCGAACAGACAAGGUUCGUGCACUCCGUGAGGCAUUCUAUCGGCAGAACCUUCCAAACGUAACAAACUUGCUUGCCACCGUCUUGAUCUUCCUUAUUGUUAUCUACUUCCAAGGUUUCCGCGUGGUCUUGCCUGUGAGGUCAAAGAAUGCCCGUGGACAACAGGGUUCAUAUCCAAUCAAACUGUUCUACACCUCCAAUAUGCCCAUCAUACUACAGUCUGCCCUUGUCACCAAUCUUUACUUCAUUUCCCAGUUGCUUCACAGGAAGUACAGUGGAAAUUUCCUCGUAAACCUGUUGGGCAAGUGGAAGGAAUCUGAAUAUUCUGGUCAAUCGAUCCCUGUUGGUGGCAUUGCAUAUUAUAUAACUGCUCCAUCAAGCUUGGCAGACAUGGCAGCCAAUCCUUUCCACGCACUAUUUUAUCUUGUGUUUAUGUUGUCGGCAUGCGCUCUGUUCUCAAAAACUUGGAUUGAAGUGUCUGGAUCAUCUGCUAAGGACGUGGCUAAGCAGCUCAAGGAACAACAAAUGGUGAUGCCUGGCCAUCGUGAAUCAAAUUUACAGAACUACAUACCCACGGCAGCAGCUUUCGGGGGCAUGUGUAUUGGUGCACUGACAGUUUUGGCCGAUUUCAUGGGAGCAAUUGGUUCUGGGACGGGGAUUCUGCUUGCAGUCACCAUCAUAUAUCAGUACUUUGAGACAUUCGAGAAGGAGAGGGCCAGUGAGCUUGGUUUCUUUGGUUUCUAAGCGCGUUUGCCCAUGAACUACCCUUCAAUUUUGGUGAGCUUAGGGAUGUAAGUAGAUCCUUACUUCAAAACUUGAGGAUUCAAAUUUGAGAUUGUAGGGUAGUUUGUCAUUAAUCUAAUAUGCACUUCUUCUUGGGAAAAUGAUACACCAUGGAACAGUAGUGACGGAACUGCUUCACGUUAAGGACCAAUGUUUGUUUUGUAGUAAUUUUUCUUCUAAGAUUUUUUUGUAACGAUUCCAAUUCAUCCUAAAAAUAUAGAGCUUAUAUUCUUGGCAGAAAAAAACAAAAAACAAAAAAUAAAAAGAAGCUAUGAUGAAGUUCGUGUAA